CACUGCGAGAUGUCGCUCAAUAUUCCCAACGCGCCAAAUGCUGGCCUGUUCAAGCAGGGCUACAACAACUACGACUCUGAAGAUGGCGCCGUCCUGCGCAACAUCGACGCAUGUCGCGCCAUAUCAUCGACGGUUCAGACCUCUCUUGGCCCCUAUGGACGCAACAAGAUUGUCAUCAACCACCUCCAGAAGAUGAUCCUGACCUCUGAUGCCGCCACCAUCCUCCGCGAGCUCGACGUUGUUCACCCCGCCGCCAAGCUCCUAGUCAUGGCCAGCCAGCAGCAGGACGCAGAGAUGGGUGAUGCUACGAACCUGGUGAUUGUUCUGGCUGGCGAGCUGCUGAAGAAGGCCGAGGACCUGCUCCGCAUGGGCUUGAAGACCUCUGAUAUCGUGACGGGCUACGAGCGUGCGCAGAAGGUUGCACUAGAGGCGCUGGAGGAACUGGAGUGCGACAAGAUCGAGGACCUGAGGUCACAGGGGGAGAUGAGCAAGGCUCUGCGGACCGUCAUAGCAGCCAAGCAGAACGGCAACGAGGACUUCCUGGCCGACCUGGUCGCUGAGGCUAUCCUCGCUGUGCUUCCCAAGAACCCUCUUGCUUUCAACGUCGACAACAUCAGGGUGGUUAAGAUCAUGGGCGGGAGCUUGGAGCAAAGCCGCGUCGUCAAGGGUAUGGUCUUUCCCAAGGAGCCCAAUGGGACCAUCAAGAAGGCGAAAAAAGCCAAGGUCGGCGUCUUCUCGUGUCCCAUCGACACCAGCCAGACCGAGACCAAGGGCACCGUUUUACUGCACAACGCCAAGGAGAUGCUCGACUUCACCAAGGGCGAGGAGGCACAGCUCGAGGCUGCGAUCAAGGAGCUGCACGAUGUCGGCCUGCGUGUCGUGAUUGCCGGCGCCACCGUCGGAGAGCUGGCCAUGCACUACCUCAACCGCUACGGCAUCCUGGUCAUUAAGAUCCUCAGCAAGUUUGACCUCCGAAGAGUAUGCAGAGUGGUCGGUGCUACACCUCUGGCGAGGCUUGGCGCCCCAAUGCCGGAUGAGAUGGGCAGCGUGGACGUCGUGGAGACGCUCGAAAUCGGCGGAGACCGUGUCACGGUCUUUAGACAGGAGGAUGAGGUCACACGGACGGCGACUCUGGUCCUUAGAGGAGCUACGCAGAACCACCUCGACGAUAUCGAACGGGCUGUUGAUGACGGUGUCAACGUCGUCAAGGCCAUCACCAAAGACUCCAGACUAGUGCCCGGGGCUGGUGCUACAGAGAUGCAGCUGGUGGAGAAGAUAUCGGCGCAGGGCGAGAAGACACCUGGUCUUGCCCAGUACGCUAUCAAGAAGUACGGCGAGGCUUUCGAGGUCGUCCCAAGGACGAUCGCCGAGAGCGCUGGUCUUGAUGCGACUGCGGUGCUGGCCGAUCUGUACCGCGCGCAUCACAAGGAUGACUGGACUAUUGGUGUGGACAUUGAGAACGAGAGCGGCAAUGGUAUCUUGGAUGCGCAGGAUGCUGGUAUCCUCGACCUUAUGGCUACCAAGGCCUGGGCGAUCAAAUUGGCGACCGAGGCUGCCAGGACUGUUCUUGCUGUCGACCAGAUCAUUGUCGCAAGACAGGCCGGUGGUCCCAAGCCCCCAGGACCGAACCCGAACUGGGAUGAGGACUGA